AUGAGCAGACCCGGCUAUUUCGGGAGCGCCCGUAAAGGCGAGGUCUACGAGCUUCGUGCCGACUUAAAUAGCGAAUAUCGCGAUCGGCGCAAAGAUGGCAUCAAGCGCGUGAUUGCCAACAUGACGGUCGGAAAAGACGUGAGCGGACUCUUCCCCGACGUGCUAAAAAACAUGCAGACGGAUGACAUCGAACAAAAGAAAUUGGUUUAUUUGUACCUGAUCAACUAUGCCAAGACCCAGCCCGAGCUCGUCAUUCUCGCAGUCAACACGUUUGUCAAGGAUGCAGAGGACAGCAAUGCGCUCAUUCGCGCACUUGCAAUCCGCACAAUGGGCUGCCUACGUGCCGAAAAGAUUAUCGACUACCUUCCCGAUCCGCUGAACCGCUGCCUCGCGGACGACAAUCCGUACGUGCGCAAGACAGCUGUGAUUUGCGUUGCAAAGCUCUUCAAUUUGAAGCCGGAACUCGCAAUGGAGGGGGGAUUUGUCGACAGGCUCAAAGAAAUGAUUACUGACAACAAUCCCAUGGUCGUUGCGAACGCCGUUGCGGCGCUCAACGACAUCCUCCAGACCGCAGAGGAAAUGCAGAUCCACGAGCUGCAAAUGACGCUGCUUGACUCGGCAGUGCUCAUGAAACUGCUUGUAGCGCUGAAUGAGUGCACCGAAUGGGGGCGUAUUGUCAUUUUGAAUACGCUCGCGGCUUACCGGAGCGCGGAUGAGCGCGAGGCGGAACAUGUUUGCGAGCGUGUCUUGCCCCAGUUCCAGCACGCAAAUGGUGCAGUUGUACUCGGCGCGGUAAAGGUCAUCUUGCUGCACAUGGAAGCCACAGGGAAACCUGAGCUUGUCCAGCAGCUGAUCCGAAAAAUGGCACCGCCGCUCGUUACGCUGGUGUCGUCUGCGCCAGAAGUGCAGUGGGUUGCGCUGCGCAACAUUAAUCUGAUUCUCCAAAAGUACCCCGAAGUUCUUUCCAACGAGCUCCGCAUCUUUUUCUGCAAGUACAACGACCCGCCGUACGUGAAAGCAGAAAAAAUCGACGUGAUGAUCAAGCUCGCCAAGGAGGACAAUGUCGACAUGCUCCUGAGCGAGCUGAAAGAGUACGCGUCGGAAGUGGACGUCGACUUUGUCCGCCGCACAAUUCGCGCGAUUGGACAAUGUGCCAUUGCGAUCGAAGGCGCCGCAGAGCGCUGUGUAUAUGUACUGCUGGAACUCAUUGGCUCGCGUGUGAGCUACGUGGUGCAAGAAGCGACGGUCGUCGUGAAGGAUAUUUUCCGCAAGUACCCCAACCAAUACACACGCAUCAUUCCCUCGCUCUGUGCGAACCUUGAAGACAUUGACGAGUCGGACGCAAAAGCCUCGCUGGUGUGGAUCAUCGGCGAGUACGCAGAAAAGAUUGACAAUUCCGGCGAGCAGCUCGCCGUGUGCUUGCAAGAAUUCACCGACGACGUUACGGCCGUCCAGUUCCAGACAUUGUCCGCGAUUGUGAAGCUUUUCUUAAAGAAGCCAGACUCGGAGCUCGCCCAACGACUGGUUCAAGAGGUGCUGGAAAAGGCGACGAAAGAGUGCGAUAACGCCGACUUGCGCGACCGCGCCUACGUUUACUGGCGCCUCUUGUCGAGCAGCGAUACAGACGCUGCCGGCUCGGUGGUCCUUGCGCCUGUUCCACCCAUCUCGAUGCCCCCGACUAGUGUUCCGCGCGCCUUGUUGAACGAACUCAUUCACGAAUUGUCCCUGCUGUCGAGUGUGUAUCAUAAGCCUGCCUCGUCAUUCAUUGGUCAAGGGCGUAUGAGCAUGCAGAGCCUCCAGGCGGCGGUCCAUGCGAACAACGAAGAUGCCGAGCGCUCGAAAGCAAUUGCGACGGUCGCGCAGGGCCAGCACAGUGAAAAUUUGCUCGACUUUGGCGACGAGGAUGCGUCUGUAGCCUCGACGCAGGCGCAGGGCGCAGCGGCACAGAGCUUGGGCGACUUGUUGGGCAACGAUGCGUUUGCGCCGGUAGCGGCACAAGCCGAGGCAAAGACGACGGACACAAUGCACAACUUGAUGGGCAUGUUUGGCACGGACGCGCCCAAUGCGCCCGCACAGUCAAAGCAAGACGAUCUUCUCGGUCUUUUCUAG